AGGAGAAUUAGGAGAGAGAGAGAGAGUUAUAUAACCUUUGAGGGAUCUUAUAUGCAACCCUUCAUUUUGGCCAACAAUUCAAUUCAUUUGAAUAUUUUCUCUUCAUUUUCUUGGACCCUUCCGCUUCUUCUGCAACUGCUCAUGGUUUAAUUUCUCUCUAGCUAACCCUUUGAUUCUCUUCCCCUGAUCUCCUUUGCUAUAUUGUGAUUCAAGCUUCGAUCGAGCUUCUUUAAUGGCUUCCAUGAACAACUGGCUAGGGUUUUCCCUCUCGCCGCAGCCUCAGGACCAUUCACAUGCCUCCGCCGUCUCCCGUCUGGGCUUCAACUCCGAAGAAAUUUCCGGCGCCGACGUCUCCGGUGAAUGCUUCGAUCUUGCUUCCGACUCCACCGUUCCUUCUCUCAACCUUCCGGCCCCUUUUGGCAUAUUCGAAGCAUUCAACAGGAACAAUCAAUCGCAAGAUUGGAACAUGAAAGGUGUUAACAUGAACUCGAGCAGUAACUACAAGGCCAGCUCGGAGCUUUCUAUGUUAAUGGGAAGCUCAUGCAGUAACCAGAACCUUGAAGACCAUGGGCCGAAGCUCGAGAACUUUCUCGGAGGACACUCUUUCGCCGAUCACAGGCAGAAACUUUCUGACCAAAUGUAUCCAAAUUGUUCGUUGCAGCUUCCGUCAGAGACAAACAUGGAUAAUGGCGGCGGCGGCUCCACCAGCACGAUAGGCCUCUCAAUGAUCAAGAACUGGCUGAGGAACCAACAGAGUUCUCCGGCACCGCCGGACAACAAGGGUGCACAGUCUACUUUGUCGCUGUCGAUGAGCACCGGCUCUCAGACAACGACUCCCCUGCCACUUCUCUCGGCUGGCGGCGGCGGCGGCGGAGAGAGUAGUACUUCGUCGGAUAACAGACAGCUCAAGGAGACAACGGCUGAUGCUCAAACCGGUGCGGUAGAGACCGUGCCUCGCAAAUCUAUUGACACUUUCGGCCAGAGAACUUCUAUAUACCGUGGCGUCACCAGGCAUAGAUGGACUGGCAGAUAUGAAGCUCAUCUAUGGGACAAUAGUUGCAGGAGAGAAGGGCAGACCCGGAAGGGAAGGCAAGUCUAUCUGGGAGGUUAUGACAAGGAAGAAAAGGCAGCCAGAGCGUAUGAUCUAGCCGCAUUGAAGUACUGGGGUCCCACUACCACUACCAAUUUUCCUGUCAGCAACUAUGAAAAAGAGAUUGAAGAAAUGAAGCACAUGACCAGGCAAGAAUACGUCGCCUCUCUUAGGAGGAAAAGCAGUGGGUUCUCUCGCGGCGCAUCCAUCUACAGAGGAGUGACAAGACACCACCAGCAUGGAAGAUGGCAAGCAAGGAUCGGUAGAGUUGCGGGAAACAAGGAUCUUUACUUGGGAACUUUCAGCACCCAGGAAGAAGCAGCAGAAGCCUAUGACAUUGCGGCUAUAAAGUUCCGCGGACUGAACGCAGUGACAAACUUCGACAUGAGCCGCUACGAUGUCAAGAGCAUUCUAGAGAGCAGCACGCUGCCGAUAGGUGGCGCUGCCAAGCGGCUGAAAGAUGUCGAGCAGGCUGAAAUGGCGAUGGAGGCUGUCCAGAGAGCCGAUGCCGACAACAUAAGCUCCCAUCUCGGCAGUGGAAUGGGCGGUUAUGGCGCCAACUGGCCCACCAUUGCCUUCCAGCAAGCUCAGCCACUCAACUUCCACUACCCAUAUGGUCGACUGUGGUGCAAGCAAGAGCCGGCCGAAACGGAACACGCCGCCUUCGGCCAAGACCUCAACCAGCUUCAGCUUGGGAACCCUCAUAACUUCUUCCAGCUGCAAAAUCUGAUGAGCAUGGAAUCCUCCUCCUCGAUUGAGCACAGCUCCGGCUCCAGCAACCCCAUCUACGGCGGAGUGGGCUUCCCCGGCGCCGGCGGCAAUGGCAAUGGCGGGUAUGUGAUGCCACUGGGGACUACUGUUAUAUCCCAAGAAGCUGCUGGAAACAACACUCACGGGAGUGGAUUCGGGGAGAAUAAUGAGAUUAAGGAGCUUGGGUACGAAAACAUGUUUGGUUCCUCGGAUCCUAGGAAUAGUCACAUGUACUAUCUAUCGCAGCAGCAGCAGUCGGCUUGUAACGACUGGAUUCCGACGGCGGUGCCGGCUCUUUCGCAGAGGGCAGGCGCCAUUGCGGCGGUUUGCAACGGAUCUCAAACGUUUACGGUGUGGAACGAUACAUGAUUUUAAGUUGUUGAAGAUGAAUCCGCGGCGGUGGAAAGAAAGUGGAAAGUGUGUACACAACUAGCUUACUGAUCAUUUUGCUAAUUUGGAUUCUUCAUGUUGUUGUCAUCCUCCUGCUUGCGUUUACGCCAUGAUCAAAGGAAGAUGAUAGUUAGGCCUGCAGAUUGUUCUUUUUGUUUUCGAUUUUGAUUUAUUUUCCCUUUCUUUCAUAUUAACAUGAUGAAUUAGUUUUUGUUUAAGGAUCUGGGUGUCUGAAGUUCAGCAAUGGCAAGCUGGAGAGAGGUUUGUUUCUCGAUCGGUUGCUAUGAAUUUUGGGAACUUCAGAUUUACAGAUCCUCGAUUGGAAAGGAAUUCACCAGGCUUUGUAAUUUUUGAAUAACACAACGAUGAUACAAAGAAUGGCUGACCCAAAGA